AAUUACGAACUCACAUUUCACUCUAUCGCAACAUCUAAACGAAACAACACCAUGAGCCGGAAGAGAGAUAAACCCUACUUCUCCCGCCACGCCCCCUACUCCGGGUCCAAACGCCGCCGUCCCCUGCCUCCUCAUCCGGAACCCGAAACUGAGCAUGACUAGCCGACUUACAAGCAACCGCCGCUGCCGGCUCUAGUGGUAACAGGUCUCACACCGGACUGCUCUGUCCUGGACCUCAAGUCCCGUUUCGAGAUCUAUGGACCCAUCUCCCGCAUCCACAUUCACCGGGACGCGGUCGGUUACGUCACCUACCGCUACGCCGACUCUGCUCAAGCCGCCAUCGCCGCCUCCCUCGUCCCGUCAUUCGGCAUCACAAUCGAAUCCAAAAAAUUGCAGGUGCUUUGGGCGACGGACCCGUGAUGGGUCGUCGGCAAUUCGAAUCUUGUGAGGGCUGAGGUGCCGCUGAGGGGGCGGCGCAGAGGGAACAAGCUUGCUUCUUAAAUAGUGAACCCCAGAGGCGGCGGCGCUGCUGGUGUUGAUAGUUCUUCGUCGGCGUUGGAUGCACCUUCUAAACCUAGAGAAAUCGUUGCAUACGAUGAUAUUCUGGAAAACUAUUACAGCCAUGUUGUGAACGUUGUUGUAGGGUUUUGGACCCAUCCGGAUCCUAACGUCGGAGCCCAAAGAGCCCAAACGAUGAGAAAUUUAAUAGAAUCACAGAAAGCAGAAGUCAUUGAGAAGGAAGAGCAUCAGGGCACCGUAGUAAUGGAAGAGAGUGAAGAAAGCAGAGUAGCAAAGCACGACGAAGAAGGAAGCAGCGAGCAACAGAUAUGGAGUUGGGGGGCAGGAACGGACGGGCAACUGGGCACGGGCAGGCUACAGGACGAGCACCUCCCUCAGCUGCUUCGCCUCCCUUCUCUCUCCCCCGCCGCCGGAUCCAUCUGCUCCCUUGCCUGCGGCGGUGCUCACGUUCUCGCCUUAACCUCAGGUGGGAAGGUGCUGACAUGGGGAAGGGGUACGUCUGGUCAACUGGGUCAUCCUGAUACGGUCAACAGUCCAAAUCCUAAGUUUGUAAUGUCUUUGAACAACCUCUUCAUUACUCAUGCUUCUGCUGGUUGGAACCACUCCGGUUUUGUUUCAGAUGCAGGAGAUCUUUUCACGUGCGGAGAUGGCUCGUUUGGUCAGCUCGGGCAUGGUGAUUUCCAGUCGCAUUGCUAUCCUGUCAAAGUCUCCUUCUUUGUUGAUAAGCACGUGGAGCAGAUAGCAUGCGGGAUGCGCCAUUCGCUUGUUUUGGUGAAAGGAGAUGAAGUUUAUGCGUUUGGUUCGGGGAAGCGUGGUCAACUGGGUAUCUCUGAGGAUAAGAUCAAAUUAGUUAAUAUUCCUGAACGAAUUCAUGGAUUUGACAGCGUAAAAAUCACUAGCAUCGCUGCAAAUGGAGAUCAUAGUGCUGCGUUAUCUGCUGAUGGGCAUUUGUACACUUGGGGAAGAGGGUUCGGCAUCUCAAGCGCUCACUCCCCACAGCGUUUAUCUACAUCGUUCUUGUUUACCAAAGUUGCUGUUGGAUGGAAUCAUUCUUUGGUAUUGACGGGUGGAGAAGUUUUUAUGCUUGGUGGAAAUCACCAUGGAGUUCUUAGUAAUCCUGAAAAAAUUACUCCAAUAAAGCACUUAGCAGGUAAUGCCCUUGAUCCGACCCAAACAACACUCGCAUAAACUUGACAUAUCUGA